AUGGAUCCUAAUCAUUUUCAUUAUCAACAACUUAUGUUCAAUUUCAUGCAAAAUUAUCAAAAUCCUAAUCCUCAAAAUUCUCAAAUUCCACCGAUGCCACCAUUUUCUACUCAAGUUCCACCGUUUUCUACUCAACCAUUUUCUACUCAAGUUCCACCAUUUUCUACUCAAGUUCCACCAUUUUCUACUCAAGUUGGCACUGAAAAAGAAGAAAGGGUUGUUGUUAAAAAAAAAUCUCGAGAGCACUUUACAAGGGAUGAGGAUAUACUACUUAUCCAAUCAUGGCUCAAUGUUUCAAAGGAUCCAAUUGUGGGAGUUGAUCAAAAGGCUGAAAGAUUUUGGGUAAGAGUCGCUGCCAAUUAUAACGAGUAUCGUGGGCAAUCGCGGGAAAAGUUAAAGGGACAAUUAAAGUGCCGAUGGCAUCGAAUAAAUAGCUUGGUUCAAAAUUUUGUUGGGUGUUACAAACAAGCUGUUAAUGGAAAGAAAAGUGGGACAUCGGAGAACGAUAUCAUGGCCGCUGCAAAUGCAUUUUUUGCUCAGGAUCAAGGUACAACAUUCAAUCUUGAGUACGCAUGGCGAUUGUUAAAAGAUGAACCUAAAUGA